AUGCAGAACAUGACAGAGAACAUCAUGGGAACUCUCCUACCUCUCCAGGCUCCAUCCAACGUUGUUCAGCGAAGGAAGAACCAACGUUAUGGCAAGAAGAAGAGCACAACCUAUCUGGGACUGAUUGCAUAUGUCAUUCAGGACUCUCCAGACAAGAUGCUAACAUUUAGUCAGGUAAAACCAAUAUCUUUUAGCACCCACGGUGUAAUUUCGAUGUUGAUCUGAAAAGGAAUACUGGUGCCUAAUUAAUGACGAGUGCUAAUAUGGAGUGUUAUCAUUUGCAGUUGAUGGACAAGUUGGGAGCAUUCCUCUCAGAAGACAGAAAAGGCAUCGAGAACAACAUAAGGGUCUGCUUAUCAUUCAACGAUGGUUUUGUCAAGGUAUGUCCACAAUACUUAUAUCAACUAAAUCAGACAUUAUUUAUUGUCUCUUUCAUUCAACCAACCUGAGGUCAACAGACAUUAAUUAAUUUGACGUGUUUAUCUAUUUCAGGUUCCAGUCAGUCCAUAUCUCAAAGAAGAACUUCUGGAAAGUCGAUGAGAGUCAAAUUACAGCGAAGAUGGCGAGACGCCACUUCGGGGGCAUACUGGACCUGUUCCCCGAGUUGUCCACCAAAGUGCGAAUGGAGGCAGACAGGAUAUCAGAGCGCUUUGCCGCGGUCUACUCACCAACACCAACCCUCAACAGCCCUCAUACUCAGAAGAGAAGUGAGGUGAAGUUCAGCAGUCCUUUCUCCAUCGAAUCCAUCUUGAACAGAGACGGUCCUUCUCGUCUGUGCUCAAGACCCGCUGCAUUGUUGGUUGUGUCCAGCGCGCCAACGGAUCAACUGCCAUUGCACGUGGAGUGAGGAGUUGGGACCAAGAGGAUGAGCUGGUACUCUCCACCUGUGGAGAUUAACCUUGUUCCCUGCGCGGGUAACAGUUACCCCAGCUACCCUAAAUGGCAUAUUAUUAUUAUAUUAUUACCCCACAGUGGGAACCACAGUCCACUGACUGGUGAUGAUGAUGGAAGGCCUGUCAAGAAGACGCCCAUGUGUGCUGAGCCCUCCUAUCUGAUCUAA